AUGGGGAAUGUCACCAGCAGUUGUGCUAACCCCAGCACUCACCACUGCUGCCGGUGGACGGCAGAGGAUGAUGCCGAGCUCUCCGUGGAGGGCCGGACAAGGAAAUCCAAGACCGAGGAGGAGCCUCGAUUGAAUUUCGACACGAAUGUCAUCGGCCCGACCAAUGCUAACAUCAUCGGCGGCGGCGCGGGCGCUUCGCCACUGCAGGAGCUCAAGUUCCUGGAGGAGCGGUCCUUCAAGAAAGACUGGCAACGAGAGCCCACACCGGAGAGGACCUCGAAGGACACCCAGAACCGGAAGGCUCAGACGGCUGAGCUCAAAAAGGCCGCAAAGGCCUUUCAACCCAAGGCUGCGGCCAAGGGCGGCUUUCCCGUCAGCGCCAAGGCGAAGCCGAAGUCGGCGGACGUCUCCUCCGUCUCGAUGUCCUCGGUGUCCUCUUCCAGCGUCCUGCCGUUCAGCAGCCCGGGCAAGUCACCUCCGCAAAAGGAAGAGAAGGUCGUCAGUCCCAAGACGGCUGAGGAUCGCGAAGUCCCAGCUGCAAAGCUCAAGGCCGUCCUGCCGGAAGAGCCGGAGAAGGCCGUGGAAGGAACCCAGCAAAGCGCAGCUGUCCCAGCGAUCACUGCGCCGGCAAGCCCCAACCCAUGCAAGAAGCUCAUCCCGAGCCUCUCCCCAGCUCUUUGGUCGCCCAUGCACCGCCGUUGGACAUGCCAGAAGGCCCUCCAGGCGGAGCCUGCGGAGCCCGCGCAGCCCACGCAGCCCACGCAGCCCACGCAGCCCGCACAGCCCUCGCAGACCGUAGCCGCUGCUACCACGGUUGAUGAGGCAGAGACCAACGCACAAGUGGAAGAGAAACCACAGCGCGUGCCACCAGUGUUGAGCCUUUGCAGCCCGCCUCCCGCACUCUGGUCCCCACUGCAUCGCAAGUGGUGUGGCGCUGUGCUGAAGAUGCAGCUUGCACAGGUCCCGACACUGCUCGUGAAAAAGGCAGUGCAAGGAGGACAAGCCAAGGCCCUGCAAAUGGAGAGCGAGGCGGGGCUGGAGAAGGCCCAGUCCGAGCUGCUCGAGACUGUGAAGAUGCAAGCCCAGGUGCAGCCCCCCUCCGAGGCCUUAAAGGCCCAGGCCCCCUGUGCCCCCUGCGCCCCCGCCGCUCGCAUCAGUUUCUCUUCUGCCCCGGCGCUCUACUCCAAGUGGCACGGCCGAUGGACAGGGUGCUUGCCUGAGCCUGCCAAGCUUGGGGCCUAG